UCAUCCACACCUGCGGAACACUCGCGCGCACCGCUAAUAUGCCAGUCUGUGUUUCACACUCAGGAGAAAAGAGAACAACUUGACCAGUUAGACUGGAUAUAAAGAUAAGCUAACUCCCAGAAAAGCUUCCUCUGGAUGUGAUUUCUGACAUUUAAAGGUGUACCAAACUGAAAGACAUCAUGAAGUCGGAUGAAGACGGGAAAGACAUGAGGGGAGUGACUGUUAACCGCUUUGCCGAAGAGGCUCCCUCCUCAGGGAUGGCUAAGAAUGGAUACUUCUAUCAAGAGAUGGAACAGAGGGAGAGAGAAGAACAUGAGGAGGGGAGCGAGGAGCGAGAGGAGGGCCAGGACUCUCCCAUCCCAUCAGGAGAUGACAUUCAUCUCUACGGCAACCAGACACACCAAGGAGGGACAGAAUCUGAUGUCCAUGGCUGUGUGCUGCUUAACACAUCUCGAAGGUAUGUGAAGCUGAUGAACUUCGAGGAGGAAGUGCGAGCUCACAGGGAUCUGGAUGGGUUUCUGGAGAGGGCAAGUAUUCUGCUGCAUGAGGACGAGGCCUCUCUAGACGACGUGUUAAAGACGAUGCUCCUCCACGUCUCGCAGGACCCUCACACCGCUGAGCCCAGCUGCAACUUCGAGGAGAUCAUGAGCUCCCUCUUCACAGACGCAGGGUCACAGGAAGUCAAUGACAGGUCGGCGAAUUUCAUUUUCUAUGACAACGUGCAUCUAUUGUCAGAGACGCUGCAGUGUGUGACGGCCACAGCCACAGGGAUCCAGUACCAGCAGUCUUGGCUUUGUAUCCUCUGUAAUGUGAAGAACCUGCAGAGGCGGCACGUGUGUAUAUCACGCCUGGAUCGUCCACAGAACUGGGGGGAAAACUGUGCAGAAGUCCGCUAUGUUAUCCUUAUUCUGGCACCUUCAAAGAUGAAAAGCACUAAGACGGCGAUGGAGCUGGGCAGGACGUUCGCCAGCAUGUUCUCGGACAUCUCCUUCAGACAGAAGCUGCUAGAGAGUAAAACCCAAGAGGAGUUUAAAGAGGCACUGCUCAUCCAGAGGUACCACCUGACUGCUGCCAAGCGUAAAACCACGGCUGUGGAGGGCGAAGAGACAGACCCACACAGUCAAAAACCACUGAAGUCUGCAGAAUCUGUGUUCUCUCAUGUGUCUCUCUCUCUGCUGUGCAGGGGGCCCUGUUGUAGAGAUUUUUUCAGAGUGGGCAGAGGAAUCUAUGAGGAUUUGUGUCGCCGAAUGCCUCUCUACCCGUCUGACUUCACUGAUGGAUUAGUGGGUAAUAACAAAGCCCUGGUCAAGUUCAUGACGACGUCCAUCUUCCUCUACAUCGCUGUGCUGCUUCCCGCCAUUGCUUUUGGCUCACUCAAUGACGAGAGCACUCGGGGCGAGAUUGAUGUUCAGAAGACAAUCAUCGGGCAGAGUAUAGGUGGAAUCAUCUACUCACUGUGUGCUGGCUCUCCUCUCGUCAUUCCACUGACCACAGCGCCCAUCGCUAUUUUCAUCAGUGUGAUUAGGGGGAUCUGUGAUGAUUAUGACCUGGACUUUGCAGCAUUUUAUGCAUGUAUCGGCCUAUGGAACAGCCUCUUCCUCAUCAUGGGAGGAGUCUUCAACCUUAGCCUGCUUGUUAAGCUUUUCAAGAGGUCGAUAGAGGAGGUGAUAGCUUUGUUCAUUUCCAUUGCUUUUGUAGCAGAUGCAGUUAAGGGCACCGUCAAGAUCUUUCAUGAGUUCUACCAUGCUCCCACUUUGGCCAAUGGGAGUGCGGCGGAGCUGAAUCGCAUCAGUGGAAGUUUACAUUUAGGGGAACCGAACAUGACAGAGACGGGGCCCGUGACUCUCCCGGAAUCCUUCAUUCUGUGCACGCGGGCACAGCCUCUUCUCUUUCUACUCCUCAUGCUGGGCACACUGUGGGUGGGAUACACGCUCUACCAGUUCAGGAGGAGUCCAUUUCUGCAUGUGAAGAUGAGAGAGAUUCUGUCCGACUGUGCUCUGCCUAUCUCAGUGCUUGUCUUCUCAUAUGUGGGAUCAUACGUCUUCAACGACAUUGCCUUGCCGGUGUUUAACUUCCAUGAAGGUCCGGUGUUUCAAAUAGCCCCACUGGAUAAGCUGAGCGGAGCAAGUGUUCUGAGCGCAAUGGGUCUGGGCUUCCUCCUGUUUCUCCUCAUCUUCAUCGACCAGAACAUCGUCGUUUCUCUCACAAAUGCACCUGAAAACAGGUUACUGAAGGGCACGGCGUAUCACUGGGACCUGACUCUGUCUGGCUUGAUUAAUAUUUUGAUGUCUGUGCUGGGCUUGCCGUGGAUGCAUGCUGCGUUCCCGCACUCCACUCUGCACGUCAGACAGCUAGCCAUUGUGGAGGAAAGGGUGGAGGGAGGACACCUCUACGAGACUAUAGUGAGUGUGAAGGAGACGCGGGUGACCUCGCUUGUGGCUAACAUCCUGAUAGGUGUAAGCUUGUUUCUGCUGCCAGUGCCCCUGCAGUGGAUUCCUAAGCCUGUGCUCUAUGGGCUCUUCCUCUACAUCGCUCUCACAUCUAUUGAUGGCAAUCAAAUGUGCGACCGCAUGGCUCUGCUACUCAAAGAACAAACAUCCUACCCUCCGGCUCAUUACAUCCGCAAGGUGCCGCAGAGGAAGAUCCAUUACUUCACUUUCCUUCAGAUGGUGCAGCUGCUUUUUCUGUGUGCGUUUGGGAUGUACCCUCUCCCGUAUAUGAAGAUGAUCUUUCCUCUGCUAAUGUUUAUCCUCAUACCCAUCAGGAACUAUCUACUGCCCAGGAUCAUCGAUGCUAAAUACCUGGACAUUAUGGAUGCACAGCGCAUGUAAACGCAUGCACACUGAGCCUCUGAGCAAAGGACUCUGGGAAUUGUAUUUCUGAAAUGCAAAACUCUGGGAGGAAAAACAAACUGAUUCUAGUGUUUAACAGCAGACAUUCUGGUGAAGCACUGAACGAGUAAGAGAGAGAUUAGAAAAGAAGGAUAUUUGAAGACAGAACCAGAGAGGGCGGAGGACGAGAUGCCUGUUCAAAACAGAGUAGAACGACAGACCGCUGUCUGACUGUUUGACUAUUGACUUUGGUCAGUCACUGCUUCUCUCAUGAUCUGAAUAGUACACCAAAGCCCCCCGCCCCCUCUUUCUCUAGUCUAUUCUGAUGUAUCCAUGCAUCACAGACACUUGAUUUAGGAGACGUAGGAAACCAUCACACGUAUUCUCGAAACUGUGCCAUGACUAAAUUACACAAGUGUUUACUCCAUCUCCGACCAUAGUGUUCUCAACACAAAUACAGCUGUUGAACAAGAGACUGAACUGAAUCUGUAGCAAUACCUCUUAAUGCUAAACUUUGACGCGCGCACACACACAAACACCCAGAGCAAAACUUCUCAUACAUCAAGUAGAAAAGCUGUCAAUGGCAGAUUUUCCAGCGCAUUUUGGUACAUAUCAGUGCAAAUAAGUAAUAACGAAGUGAGCAUGGACCAAAAGAAUACACUCACCUUAGGAAACGGCGUCUCAUAGCAAUACAGCGGAUUAUUAGAGGCUAUCAAUAUUUUAGAGUUUUCUAAAGAGAGUUUUCUUUCGAGGUAAUAGACUUCUAGUUUGGAGACCCACUGAUGUGUAGAGAAUGUAUCCUAAGCGCUGGGGUUUCAGGGAAAUGGAGAAAAACGAGCAGCAUUUCUGCGGACCUUACUCACUUUUGAAUGGACUCUGACAUUUAAGCUUUGCACAUCACAGGACACCACAUCUGUGUACUUUCCCCAGUCACACACACACACACACACACACACACACACAGAGGCAUGAUUAUAAACAAUGCCAAAAAGAAAGGCACUUAAACGCACACUUUCUUGUCUAUCCAUCUCACCGUAUAUUUAAAACAGUGAAGGCAUGCCUUUUACUAUUUUUUUUUUUUUACUAUUAUGUAAUUUGUUGUGUUAUUAUUAAAAGCAACUAGAAUGAAUAGUCAAAUGAAGGUAUAGUACCUUUAUAUCCCUACUUUUUAAUUGUUUAUAGUUUUUUUGAUCUAUCCGAAUAAAAGAAGUUGGAAGACGCAGAUAUCUCUGAUGAUUUUGAUCCAUCAAGCCAUGUUACAUUUCUAGAGAGAGCGACGUUAUAAACGAAGGCGCACAAAUUGAGAAAGACAUGGUUUGACUAACUGUGGGCAAAAAAGUGAGCACCUGUGCACUUAAUCAUAGGCAAUAUGAGAUUAGAGAAAGCUGAGAAGCAGACUCGAUUGAUUUUUUUCAUGGAUAGCUUUAAGCUUCAGAGAGAGAGAGAUUAGAUGUACUGUUGAAAGGUUGGUUUUCUCUUGAACAUCUUGCACCAUUCGCGUAAUCAGCAUUCCUGUUUCUCUCUCUAUCUUCCCUGUAACGGUAUCAUAGUUAUUCUCCUUGAGUCCAGACCUCUGGUGUAAAAACAACCUCCCUUCAGUAAUCCUGUUCGUCAUUGGACAUCUCUCAGCAUUUACUGUAAUAUUGAAGUAGUCAGCUUUAAUUUGUGAUCGCUCACACUUGGGUGGGAUAUGUUGACGAGUUAUGUUCUGUGCUGUUUAAAUAUUGUUUUUUUUCCUAAUCAUGAAUGUAUACUGUGUAGAUUUUUAUAUAGCACAUAAAAAGAUCCAUUGUCUAAUUGAUUUUGUCAAACAGAUAAGCUAAAUUUGUAAACUGCAAUAUGUAAAAACUAUGGUAAAUAAGAGACAUGUUUAUUGGAAGGAUUGUGUGGGUUUAAUAUAGGGGUAUGCUAUACACUGAAAUCUAGAUCAUUUCAAGCUGAUUGCCAAAUAAAGAGAUAUAUUGAUACCCA